AUGCUAGCCAAGUUAGCCCUCGCGGCUGGUAGUCCCCCCCUGGACGAAGGAACCAUGGUAAAGCUGUCAGUUAGUAAGUUAUACAUACAGACUAUCAACGUUGCUUAUUCACCACAAACUCUAAUGUCAUGGCGUCCCGGAGAUACGUGGUGUACCGUGGCCGCGGCUGAGUUGACGCAGGACUCUGCAGCCUGCAGGGUCUGUUGUGUUGUAAAACUGAUGGUCCGUUUCCUGCACACAUGCCUGUGCUUGCACUGUAUUAGACGAACAAUCUGGUUCCAGGGUACAUUGAUUCCCGCCGGUGGGGUUCAUGGGGCAUUAGUAGUGUUCCACAUGCAUUCAGCGUAUGCGGAAGACAUCACGUCUAGACACUACGGUACGACGUACUACGAACAUGACUGUUCCGUUGCCGUAACACUCAACUGCAUUUACUUUUUUCCUGAGCGAUAUCGCGGCAACGCACUGUUGUACAUGAGAUUGAUCAUUGAUGUUGAUCGUCGUCUGAUCGGGCAUUGUGCAGCCUACACGAUUAUAGAAUAG